UACCAUUUCCGAACGGACUUCAGUUGAAAACUCUCUCUCUCUCUCUCUCUCACACACACGCAGAGCGAAAAACGGAAUUUUCCCGGGAAAGUAAAAGGAAAAUUCACUCUUUUCUCCUUCUUCAAUCCUUGCAGUAAUUCUUCUGUUCCAUCGACAUCUGUGUGUUGCUGAGCUCUGAGUUUUCUUUCUCGGUUCCCUUCUUGCUAAAGAUUGAUGAAUUGGGUGUUUUGGGAAUUAGGGUUUCAUCAAGUGCUUUGAUUUUUGUGUUGAGAGAGAGUUCUUGUAUCUUUACCAAUGAGUGGAUGAGGAAUCCUAAUCUACGUAGUUAGCUGUGGGAAUAGUGAUUACUGAUGGAUCGGAAGGUCUCUCCGAUCUCUGUUUUGUGCUUUCUCUGCUUAAUUUUGGUGUUUUAUCGGUUAUCCCAAGUCUCCGGUAAUGCCGAAGGUGAUGCCUUGAAUGCGCUGAAGACCAACUUAGCUGAUCCUAACAAUGUCCUGCAAAGUUGGGAUCCUACCCUUGUCAAUCCCUGCACUUGGUUUCAUGUUACGUGCAGCAGUGAUAAUUUUGUCACUAGAGUUGAUCUUGGAAACGCAAAUUUAUCUGGUCAACUGGUUCCGCAGCUUGGCCAGCUUCCAUAUUUGCAGUACUUGGUUGAUUGGACUGAUUGUGGAAUUCUGGUGGAACCGGAACUUUAUAGUAAUAACAUAUCUGGAAGAGUUCCUUAUGAGCUCGGGAACUUGACAAAUUUGGUGAGCUUGGAUCUUUACCUGAACAACUUAACUGGUCCCAUUCCUGACACAUUGGACAAGCUUCAGAAACUACGUUUCCUGUAUGAGUUACACAUUCCUCAGCCUUUCACUAUUAUAAUUAAGUUUGUUUACCUUACUGAAGUUUUGCCUGAGUAG